AGGUUCUCGAAUUUAUUUUGGUUGAUUGAAGCGAGUGUUAAGGAUGUUCAAGAACACUUUUCAAUCCGGAUUCUUGUCUAUACUUUACAGCAUCGGAAGUAAACCUCUUCAAAUAUGGGAUAAGCAAGUGCGAAACGGGCAUAUAAAGCGAAUUACGGAUCAGGACAUUCAGUCCAGCGUGCUUGAGAUUAUGGGAACGAACGUUAGCACCAACUACAUCACGUGCCCUGCAGACAAGAACAAGACCCUUGGCAUCAAGCUUCCUUUCCUAGUUAUGAUCAUUAAGAAUCUCAAAAAAUACUUCACUUUCGAAGUGCAAGUUCUCGACGACAAGAAUGUUCGCCGUAGGUUCCGAGCGUCUAACUAUCAGUCAACGACACGCGUCAAACCUUUCAUUUGCACGAUGCCCAUGAGGUUGGACGAGGGAUGGAAUCAGAUCCAGUUCAACUUGUCGGACUUCACUCGUCGUGCCUAUGGCACAAACUAUAUUGAAACGCUUCGUGUACAGAUUCAUGCGAACUGUCGCAUUCGAAGGAUUUACUUCUCGGACAGGUUAUACUCCGAAGAUGAGCUGCCGCCUGAGUUCAAGCUGUUCUUGCCUGUCCAGAACAAGUAGAGGUAGCAAGCAUCUCGCUUUCUGGGGUUUCUGUAGAAUUAUUUUGCUCGCCCGAGCUUUAAAAGAGGAACGCCUUAUGAGUGAUGUGAACGCGGUCGUUGAAUUCCACUCCAAUAAACUAAUAAAUCAGCGUGUGUGAGC